CGUGAUCCAUCGUAGAUCACUUAGAUCGGAAGGGACGGGAUUCUCGUGUUACUUCAAAGCAUUUGGUACAAUAAGCCGACCGAUUUAUAUUGUUUAAACUAUAAACGCAAUGGUGUCAUGUGGAAUUUCGCCACUUAUACUAAUGCUGUGCUUUUGCAGUUUAAUUGUCAUCUUUGUUUAUCCGGUAUUGGCGGAUUCGUCAAAUGAUAUAAAUCUUUUGCAAGCACCGUACGUUACUGAACGUGAAGGAUUUGUCAUUACUGGUGGACGAUGCCCCGACGACAAGGCUUAUAAGUUCUACGAAAGGACAAUGCUGAGUGUUCAGACUUUGCAAAUUUUUCCUUUGUUCGACCAAUUUCCAUUGGAUUUUUCCGUAUCAGCUACAUUAAGAAUGGACCAAGGUAUCGAAAAAAACACAGUUUUUCUCGUGUAUAAUGAAGUGGGCGACGAACAGUUAGGGUUGACUGUGGGCAGAAACAUACAGCUGCAUUACAAUGACAUGGAACCCCAAGAAGACCACAACAACACAUUUAUAUUUGAAUAUCAAGUCAAUGAUGGACAGUGGCAUACAUUGUCUUUCAGCGUGAAAGGAAAUUCAGUUACGAUGAUUUUAGACUGCGAACAACAAGAUACGCAAGAAUUAAAAAGAAACACUACAAUAAGCAAGUUAGGAAUUACUCUGGUCGGUCAACAGCUCGAUGAGAGGUUUUUUUCGGGUGAUAUUCAAGAGUUAAAGUUUUAUUCGACACCAGAUGCUGCUUAUGAUUUUUGUACCAAUCCUCCCAACAAUAGUUGCAAUAAAACAAGCAUCGUUGAUAACAAUUUAGACAAUUCCGAGAUAACCGAUGAAAUCGAUAAAUAUCCUACAACUUCUUAUUCGUCUAACUUAGAUACCCUUAUGAAUAACUCGAUAAUUCCAAAUUAUGCAAACAAAAAUUAUUCAAUUUCCUCCAAAAAUCGUAUACUAUCUGAAUCUGUCUGUAUUCCAGCAGUUCGUGGAUAUCCGGGUCCACCUGGAGAAUCAGGGCCACAAGGCCCAAAAGGAGAUCCCGGUCGUGACGGUAUAGACGGAUUUACUGGCGUCCAAGGCCCUCCAGGGCAUGUGUUUCUAAUACCAUUGAAUCAGAAUCAAGGAGAAAAAGGUCCCGACAACCAAGUCGAAAUGUUUAAACAAAUGCUUUCACAACACAUGAUGUCAAUGCGAGGAAGUGAUGGACCAAUGGGUAUGACAGGCGUCGUCGGACCUGAAGGACCUCCUGGCCCCGAGGGGUUGAAAGGCGAUUCAGGAGAACAGGGCGAACAAGGACCAAGAGGUGCUCGAGGAAUGACUGGACCCCCAGGUCGUGAUGGUCACAGAGGUAGAUCGGGUAGAGAUGGAGAACGAGGAGUGACUGGACCACCUGGCGUAAAAGGAGAACCUGGUGUCCAAGGAGCCAUAGGAUUAACCGGAGAAAAAGGAGAUCGUGGUUUUCCGGGUCAAGUUGGUGCUACUGGUCCUCGUGGCAAUGAUGGACCUCGAGGGGAUGAGGGUCCUCAAGGCAUAGCUGGUUUACCCGGAGAAAUGGGUCCCAGAGGUUUUUCUGGCUCUCGGGGAUUUCCUGGCUUACCAGGCCCACCAGGAAUAGCUGGAGCUGAAGGUCCAGCAGGUCCAAAAGGAAAUACUGGAAACACAGGGAAUCCGGGCCCUCCCGGACAAGUAGGUCCGCCUGGUCCUACAGGCACUAUUGGAGCACCUGGAGUGUUAGGGCCGCCAGGAAUAAUAGGUCCUCCAGGAAAACCAGGGUUACCAGGUUUACCAGGAGCAGACGGGGCACCUGGCCAUCCAGGAAAUACAGGGCCCGUUGGGGCAAAAGGAGACAAUGGUCUACCAGGAGUAGCAGGCCCAGUUGGCUUUUCGGGAGCACGUGGAGUAAAAGGGGAUAUUGGUGUUCGAGGAGUUGCGGGGGAUAAAGGAGACAAAGGAGAACGAGGAGCUGAUGGCGAAAAAGGAGAUCAAGGAAUUAAAGGAGAGCCUGGAUUGGUCGGUCCACCCGGUCUAGUGGGCAUUGAAGGUCCUGAAGGACCAAAAGGAUCGGAAGGACCACAUGGAGAAAGUGGUACCAUAGGAUCACCAGGAGAAAAAGGUAAACCAGGACCAAAUGGCUUACCUGGAUAUCCAGGAUCACCAGGCGAAAAAGGCGACAAAGGUAAUUACGGGAAAGACGGUAUGCCAGGGGAAAAAGGAGAGCGGGGUAACACUGGAUUGCCAGGAGAGCGAGGAGAAAUAGGACCCCGUGGAUUUAGAGGGACAAGAGGACGUGCAGGAGCUGAAGGAAUUCCUGGACCCAAGGGUGAUACUGGGCAACCUGGAACUACCGGCGCCCCAGGAGAACGAGGAAUACCCGGCGCGGACGGAUUAAGAGGUUUCACCGGCCCAUCCGGAGCUCCAGGUUCUCCAGGUAAAGAUGGACUUCCAGGAUUUCCCGGAGAAAGAGGUCCUCCAGGUGAUACGGGACCGAUGGGCGUUACUGGCGUGCCUGGAGUAGUUGGACCACCAGGAUCAACAGGCGAAGUAGGGUCUAUAGGCGAAUCAGGUCCUUCUGGACAACCUGGAUUGCCAGGAGAAGCAGGAAGACCCGGCGAUGCUGGAAAAGAAGGACUACCAGGGCCAGUCGGAUUACCUGGUAAAUCGGGAGAACCUGGUUCUCCGGGUUUACCAGGAUUUCCAGGAGAUAGAGGGCUGCCGGGAACACCUGGAGCAACUGGAUUGAAAGGCGAUGUGGGACCAAUAGGCCCUCCUGGAUCUACAGGAGACAAAGGCCAACCAGGUGAAUCUGGAAAAGAAGGACCUCAGGGCGCUGAAGGACGUAAAGGACCUCCGGGUACUCCAGGUUUAGUCGGCUCAAAAGGAGAUAAGGGUGAAGUAGGACCUGCUGGCCCUAUGGGAAAUGAUGGAAUAGUCGGAACUCGAGGCGUUCCAGGUCCACCGGGUCCCGUCGGACCACCGGGAGAAGAUGGAGAUAAAGGUGAAAUUGGUGUACCGGGAGAAAAAGGAUUUAAAGGAUCAAAAGGAGAAAUGGGUCCCAUAGGAGCAUUAGGAAACCCGGGGCUCAGAGGAGAACCAGGACCAGUUGGAGCUCAAGGAGAAAAAGGACCGCCGGGUGAAAUUGGAAAGCAGGGUUCCAAAGGGGAAGAAGGGCCCAUAGGAAUAACAGGACCGCCGGGACCACCGGGAACUCAAGGUAUGCCAGGCCCUAUAGGACCAAAAGGUGAAGUCGGUGAUGUCGGCGCUAAAGGUCCGGUCGGGCCACCAGGAGCUCCAGGCGAAAUUGGGCCCAGAGGAUUUAAAGGCGUGGAAGGACUGUUAGGUCCAGCGGGAGCAGAAGGCUUACCCGGUCCUAAAGGCGAACCAGGUAUAACAGGUCCUCCGGGCCCCCAGGGUCUCGAUGGCAAGCAUGGUGAACGCGGUCCGAUGGGUGCAAAAGGUGACGAAGGAAAAGUCGGUCCUCAAGGUUCGAUUGGACCUAGAGGAAAUAUUGGACCAGACGGACCUAAAGGCAAUGCGGGAGUACCUGGAUUUCCAGGAAUACAAGGAGAACCUGGUACACAAGGACCAAAAGGAGACAGAGGCAGAGACGGAGAUGACGGAAAACAAGGUGCUCCAGGAUCUCCAGGUGAUAUAGGUCCAACGGGAAAACCAGGAAUUACUGGUCCGCCAGGACGGACAGGAAGUGAAGGGCCACCAGGACCUCAAGGAAGUUCGGGAUCACCUGGUGAAAAAGGAGACCUAGGAUUACCAGGAGGAGCUGGAUUACCCGGCCCAGUCGGAUUACCAGGCCCUCCGGGGUCACUAGGUCCUCAAGGACCAAUGGGAUCUCCCGGCCAAGCAGGCGAUGUAGGAUUACCUGGUAAACCAGGACAGAAUGGAGAACCUGGGAAAAUUGGAGAACUUGGUCCUCAAGGAGAAAAAGGAGAACGAGGCAAACGUGGACCAAAAGGCCACCCUGGAGAAAUCGGACCCAUGGGCUUAAAAGGACACGAAGGAGAGAAAGGUGACAAGUGCGAAAGAGGAGACAGAGGUGUGGAAGGUCAAAAAGGAGAAUUGGGCCCGAUCGGUGUACCUGGAUCUAAAGGAAAUGAUGGACCGCCUGGAAUCAGCGGAAUAGAGGGCUCAUCCGGUCCUAAAGGUAUCGCAGGAGUAGCAGGAAAUAAGGGCGAACAAGGCCCACCGGGUCCGCCGGGUCCUCCGGGGCCGCCUGGAGAGCUACCGCUGUUACCGCCCGAAUUAGCGGGUUUCCAGCAAAACGCAUUAGCUCGGUGGAGAAGAGAAGUCCUGGAGAACGACGCCAGUAGCGACAGUGGAGCAAAGGCAGCUAACAAGGAGAAUACUAAACCUGGAUCCGGUGACAGCGGUUCUGAAGGGCCAAAGUACAUAGACAUUAUCAGUUCAAUUUACGGCAUGCGCCAGGACUUAGAAAGAAUAAGAAAGCCCGUCGGAUCUCGCGAAAAUCCCGUAAUGACAUGCAAAGAUCUGUUUUAUGGACACCCACAGUUUAAAGAUGGAUGGUAUUGGAUCGAUCCCAACCUGGGAAUGCCAUUUGACGCCGUCUACGUGUACUGCAACAUGAGCAGCGGUGGUGAAACUUGUGUAUUCCCGGACAUCCAUUCGAGUCAGAUGCCGAACAUCCCGUGGCGAAAAGAGGGAGACAAGACGGACUGGUACUCAAACCUGAGAGGCGGCUUUAAGAUCACAUACGAGGCGGUGGGUCCGGUACAAAUGAACUUCCUACGGCUACUCAGCCAAACCGGAUAUCAGAACUUCACGUACACUUGCAUCAACAGCAUUGCUUGGUACAAUUCUAAAGCCGACUCGUUCGACAUGGCGGCCAAGUUCAUGGGAGAGAACCAGGUGCAGUUCACUUCGGAGCCGGGGAUGCCAAAAGUCGAAGUUAAGGUGGACGGUUGCAAGACGAGAAAAUCAAAGAGUGAAACGAUUUUUGAGUUCCGUACUAAUAAACUGAACAACUUACCAUUGACAGACUUCUACCCGGUAGACUAUGGAAUGCCACAUCAAGCAUUUGGUUUCGAAGUGGGACCUGUGUGCUUUAAAUGACGAUGACGAGUACUCUUUUUAUGCCUUUUACUUCUUCUACCAUCAUCUUAAAUAACUAUAAUAUAAUGUACUUAACUGUUGUUAAGCAUCAUUAGUGUGUUAUAUUUGCUUAUAAUUAAAAGUACCUUAUUUUAUAA